AUGGCUCAGCAGCAACUCAAGCUCAAGGCCGUAUUCUUUGACUUCAUGGGUACGUGUCUUAACUGGCAUGCGAGCGUGACCGAAUCGCUGCCUCUAUCGAUUCCGAAAGACGAAGCCUCGAAAUUCGCACUCGAAUGGCGCAGAAGAUACUUCAUUGAGAUUGCUAGUCGUUAUCGUAAAGGCCUCGAGCCUGAGGACAUUGAUAUUACAUUUGCACGCGUCCUCGACAAUCUACUGGAGCAAUCUCCAGAACAUGCCACUCACUUUAGCCCAAGCGUCAAAGCGCGAUUAAUUAAGGCGUGGCAUUCGCAACCUGCAUGGGCCGAAGUGCCAAAGGCUAUCCAGAGUCUCCGCGAAGAUCUCGGUCUCGAAGUCUUCGUACACGCCAACGGCACAACACGACUGCAACUGGACCUUACUCGGUUCUCAGGACUCAACUUCAACAUGCUGUUCUCCAGCCAGCUCCUAGGUGUCUAUAAACCCAGUCCAGAUGCAUACAACAAGGCCUUGGAACUGGUCAAACUCGAGCCAGAGGAGGUAGUGUUGGUCGCUGCUCACGCGUACGACUUGCGUGGGGCUCAGAAGGUUGGGUUGAAAACAAUCUAUGUGCACCGGUGGACCGACGACGUCGACGAGGAUAUAGAGAAGGUCAAAUCGGAAUUCGAUGCUUUUCUAGAGGACAUGACGGAUCUUCCUAGUGUUAUAGCGAAGUUUUGA